AUGGCCUUUUUUCCGCUCCUACUGAGGAUUAUCCUCCCCGCAGGAGCCAUUGCGAUCCUUGCAGGGAUUAUCAUCCUUGUUGCGCUCGCCUUUUCCCAAAAUGCUGCAAUUCCCAAGGUCCGUCGUCGGGGUACGCCUGUCCAUCUGCUCAUCGUCCUUGGCAGUGGUGGCCAUACUACCGAGAUGUUCUUCAUGCUGGAAAAAGCCCUAGACCUAUCAGUCUAUACCUAUCGCACCUAUGUCGUGAGCUCGGGGGAUAAUUUCAGCGCUGAAAAAGCCACAGAAUUUGAGGCCAAACACGUCGCGCGCCAGCUGGAACAGAACAAGACCCUCACCGAUCCAGGCUCUUUUGAUGUUGUCACAAUUCCACGGGCGCGAAGAGUACACCAAUCAUACUGGACAGCUCCCUUCACUACAAUCCAGUCCUUCUGGGCCUGUCUCCUGGUUCUAUGCGGAAAAUACCCCAAUCAACGGAGACUGCCCUGGAAAUACACCUCGGCAUGUCCAGAUAUCAUUAUCACCAAUGGUCCUGCGGUCUCUGUGUGCAUGGUCCUUGCCGCCAAAACACUCCGUUUCUUUAUCUUCAUCUCCCGUGUGCUCUCAGGUAAGAGCUCCAAGCCAGCGAUCUCCAGGCUUCGGACAGUUUUCGUGGAAUCAUGGGCACGGAUCACCACCCUGAGCACCUCGGGCGUGUUGUUGCUUCCACUUGCCGACCAGUUCCUUGUUCAAUGGCCUGGUCUAGCGGGCCGUCGGGCUUGGUGGGGGAUGAAGAAGACCUCAUACGUCGGCUGGGCCGUGCUGUGA